AUGGAAAAAUAUACAAAAAUCAAAGUAAUUGGAAAAGGUAGUUUUGGUUAUGCAGUUUUAGUUUAAUCCAAUACUGAAACAAAUAAAAAAUAUUACGUCAUUAAAAUAAUUGACAUAUCAAAAAUGGAUAGAAAACAAAGAGAAGAAUCUUUAAAUGAAGUUCAUGUAUUAAAAGCGUUAAGACAUCCUUAUAUAAUAACUUAUAGAGAAUCUUUUAUAGAAAAAAGAUGUUUAUGUAUUAUAAUGGAAUAUGCUUAAGGAGGUGAUUUGUUUGUUAAAAUAGGAGAAUAGAAAAAUAAAGGGUAACUUUUUACAGAAAAAUAAAUAAUAGAUUGGUUUAUAUAAAUGGCAAUAGCUUUAAAACAUGUACACGAUCGAAAAAUAUUACAUAGGGAUUUAAAGACAUAAAAUAUAUUUUUAACUUCAAAAGGAGACAUAAAAAUAGGUGAUUUUGGUAUUGCAAGAGUAUUAUAACAUACAUAUGAUUGUGCCAAAACAGCUAUAGGUACGCCUUAUUAUUUAAGUCCGGAAAUUUGUCAAGAAAAGCCUUAUAAUUAAAAAUCUGAUAUUUGGUCUCUAGGAUGUAUAUUAUAUGAAAUGACUACUUUAAAUCAUGCUUUUGAUGCUAAUAAUAUGAAAGGGCUAGUUUUGAAAAUUUUAAGGGGGACUUAUCCACCUAUUCAUAAUUAAUAUUCGGAUAAUUUAAAAAAUUUGAUUUCUGAUAUGCUAAUUAAGGAUCCUUCUAAAAGACCUUCAAUAAGAAAAAUAUUAGAAAAUGAAUUUAUUAAAGUUCUUUUUUUAAAAAAAAAAUACAUCAUUUAUAAAAAAAAUAAUAGAAUAGAAUUAAUGAAGUAUUUAUAAAUACUUUAUAAAGUAAUGAACUUUGUACUAAUGCUUAAAUUUUAGAAAUAAAAUUAUCAGAAGAACAAAUUUUAUAAUAAUCUGAAAAUGAAGAUUUACAAAAGUAAUUAAUUUUAUUAUAAAUAUAAAAUUAAUAAAAAUAUAUUUAGAGUAGAAACUAAAAAAGAAUAAGCUUAAAAAUAAAUAGAACAAAUACCUAUAUAGAUAAAUAUUAAAAAAAAUGAAUAAAAUAAAAGCUAAGUUAUAAUAAAUAUGAAUAAAUAAGUAGUAAAUCAAUAAUAAAUAAAUUAGUCAUAAAAAAAUAAAUCAAUACAUGAGUAAUAAAAAAAUACUAAUUAAUAAAUAAAUAUUUAAUAAAACUCUAAAAGUCCUAUAAAAAUAUACUAAUAAUAAUACAUUACAAAUAUAAGUAAUAGCAAUGAUACGGCUUAAGGUAAAGAAAAUUUAAAAAUGAACUAUUCGCCUAAAGAAUAUUAUCAAAUAAAUAAUUAAAAUUAACAGGAAAAAUUUAAAAAAUUCAAUUAUAAAUAUUAAUAUUUAAAAUAAUAAUAUUUAUGA